UAGCCUCCCUUGCCCUUGGGGUGGGCCCUCACCCACGGCAAAUGUGAGGCUGUCCUCUGGGGUCUGGCCAUGGCUGGCUCGCCUGCAUCCAGGGCGGCAGUGGGCCUCAGCCCUCUCUGCGUGACCCUCUGCGAUUCCCGGCAGUGUGACGAGACACCUGGUCCUGGAUGGAAGGAGGCAGGGCUGCAGAGUGGAGCUGGUGUGAUGUCGCCAGACGGGCCCCAUACCCGCGUGCUCGACAGAACUGCCAGGAUCGUUUCUGAUAAUACAGAUUCUGGGUUCUACUUGGGCCCACCGGAAUCGUGGUUCCUGGGGUCGGGGCCUGGGAAUCCUGUGUUCUGGAAUAAUGGGGGCCAGUGUGAGAAGGAGCGCUGGUCCGGGAACAAGGACCCCGGCCCGGCCAUCAUGGAGGCUCUGCUCAGCAGGGGAGUGGACGACGAGGGUUCUGGAGACAAGGAAGGAAUUCUGUGUACAUUUACAUCUUCUCCUUUGCAUCCCGUAAAUUUGUUUCCAAAAGGACAGGGCUGCGUUAAGUUUUCCAGCUCGAAACAAGGAAGGAAAGGGUUUCUAGGCAGAGGAACUCUGCACCAAAACAUAAAGGGAGGCAGCGGCAUGCUUGUUUGUGCCUCUGAGCAAAAUUCCACAGGUGCGUGUCUCUGGAGAGCCAGGGGCCCCCAAAGGGCAGCAGAUGGCGAAGCUGUGGAGAGAAGGACCAGCCGGACGAGGCAGCUUGCGUAUCGAACCUCCUCCUGAAAUCCUGCUGAAAUGAUUUCCACUCCUGCACACGAUAGAGUAAGGUACAAUAUCGAUAAUAACCCUGUCAACCAAGAACAGAUAGGAGGACCAGAGAUUUUGAGGAACUGGUGUAAAGUAUAAACAGCCCGUUGGAUUAGAUCGAUGGAGCAGGGCCAGGGAAAGCCUGUGCCCGAAAGCAGGUGCCACGGAGUCCCUGCUGUUGAGGUGAAGGCUUUCCUCCCGCUCCCAGCUCUGUUUUCAUCACGAAGAGCCGGGCUGCCCUUUGGGCAAGUUGGGAUCCUGGCUCCAGGCCUGGCGGCCCGGCUUGCAGCCCCCAUGGGCUGCUGGGGACGGUGUUUGCUCUGGGGGAAGGCCCCGGGGCCCUUCUCUGCAUAAGCUCGGGGUGGGGAGUCCCUGCCUGGGCACUGGGCCAAUGGAGAGGAACAGCAGAACUCGAGACGGGACAUCCGCAGCGGAAGGAGGGGAGUGCUGGGGGAAAGGACUCUUCACGGGAGAUGAGAACAUGGAGUGGGCCCGCACGGCCCACUGCCUCGGGGCGUCUUCCCCGUCAGCCCCAGGUUGGGGUGAGCCUGCAAGAGCCCCGCUUAGCAGGAAGCCCACACCCCAGACCCGCGCGAGUCAGCCCGACCCCACACUCAGAAUGGAGAAUUCAGGGUCACCGGGAGACCAACAGCACAAAAGGCUGGAGAGGAACUGAUAGAAUUGACUCCAGGAAACGGGAGCUAAUUUAAAU